AUUUUUUUAUUUUUUAAUUAAAUUAUGGGGCCCACCUUCACCAUUUUCUAACACUAUCUUUCUCUCUCUCAAUUUCUUCUCCAUCGGCUUGUCAGCCCAUCUCCGGCGAAAUCGCCGCCGGCGUAUCGCCUCCGCUCCUGUCUGGUAAGCUCGCGGUUUAUUGCUUUGAUGCAUCUAUUUCAAGAUAUUUUCAUGUUGUUGUUAGAAGCACAGCCACAGAAUUUAAAAAUUCCACCAAAUAUUAAUCAAUCAACAACCAAAAACUACCUUCGCAACCACAAAUGGCCGUCUCACACUUCCCCGCCACCGUUCCACGGUCGACCACACGGCGGUGCGCCGCCAACUAUCAUCCGCUCCCGACCACCACCACCUCUUUUUUCACCGCAGCACGGAAGCAGAAAAGCAAUAGCUUUAUGCCGCUGAGGACCACUGACCAAGUGAAGUCUUUAAAGUGGGUGAGAAGCGUCGCCGCCCAAGAACAACUCCCGCCAAAACUCGAGACCUUGGACGUGCAGUAGCUGGUUGAUUUCCUGUACGACGACCUUCCCCACCUGUUCGAUGAUCGAGGAAUCGAUCCGACGGCGUGCGAUGAGCGCGUCAAGUUCAGAGACCCCAUAACCAAGCACGACACCAUUAGUGGUUAUCUUUUCAACAUCGCCAUGUUAAGGAAGUUUUUCUGCCCCAAUUUCGAGCUGCACUGGGUCAAACAGGUUCGAUUUUACCGUGGCUGAUUGUGCACUGUGUGUGAGAGAGAGAGAGAGUUGGAUUGAUUCCGAUUUUCCCAACCCUAAUUAAUUUUCCCCAAUCACUACUCGAUUGUCACUGAAUUGUACCCUGCUUAUCAGGGAAUCAUCAGUAACUACUUCACAGAGCCUGUCAACGGCCACAAAUUCAACAUGGGCAGCCACGAGGGAGGCGGCGACGCCUCGCCAUCACCAAAGAGGAAGGCGGAGGCGGCGUGGAGGCUGUUUCCGCCGGGUUUGGUGAGACAGAGGACGAGAGAUAUGAGGCGGAGUGGUGGCUUAUCACUGCCACUUCGCCGGAUCUCAAGAGGGAGAGAAAGUGGAGAGGCCGAGGGAUAAGAGGCGGCAGCCGACGACUGUUGUCGCCAGAGAAGAGAAGAGUGAGGAAGAAGGUGAAGGGGGCGAAUUUAGUGUGAACUGAGAGAGAGAGAGAGAGAGAGAGCCGAUUGAGUGUGAGUUUGUGUGUGUUUAGAGAAGAAAUUUUUCUGGUUGCAAAAGGUGGGCCCCACAUUUCAAUUAAAAAAAAAGUUUGACUAACGGUGGGAUAACACCAUUUGGUCAAAUGGGCUUAGUUGAGCCAUUUUUUUGAGUUCGGGGGUUUAGUUACACACACAGUGAGUAAGGGGGGUUAUACGCUAUAGAGGCUACCACUUCAAAGGUGGAUGUGCACCUUUACCCAAAUCAAGAUAAUUAAUUAGGAUUCACUUAUUUUUGUAGUGUGUCGACCCGUGAUCUCAAAAAUAUCAAGUGUGAUUUCAUUUUUUUAAAACAAUAAUGAUAAGAAAAAAAAUUAGAAUUCAUGGAAGAUGUUUCAUAAAUUUAAAAUUGAACACAGAUUUUUCAAUUGAAUAUGAGAAAAAUAAAAUAAAAUAAAUGCAAGGUGUAUAAUACUCGACCCGAAUAUGAGAAAAAAAAAAAAAUGCAAGGUGUAAAAUAAAAAAUACAAGCUUGAAAGACCCGGCCUAUUAAAAUCGAACCGGGUAGGCCCAUACAGGUCAACCCGACCCGAAUUUGCUCAUCACCGCGGUUGUACGGCGUCUAGGGUUUAAGAACCAGAGGGUUUUGAAAUCCAACUGUCAACCAUGGCAUCCUGCGCUAGAAAUCUGGUGCAACGAUCUUCCAACACCGCGAAAACGCUGCUGUUCCGCAGCCAAUCAUCGCAUUCCGUUCCCGCCGGAGCACCAAAGCUCAGCGGAAUCGCAGCCACCUUACCGCGGCCGUCACCUCGCCUCCGCCCCUUCUUCUCCUCCACCUCCAGGCUGCCGGUGGAACUAGGGUGUGGAGAGUCGUUGAUGCCCCUCCAUUCUGCGACGGCAUCGGCAUUGCUGAAUUCGAUGCUCUCUUCCAAGGUUGGUCGCUGGGGCUAUCUCUCAGAAGGCUUCGCGACUCCACUAUAACAGGACCUGGAAGACCACUGCAGCUAACUCUAUCAUCUUUAAACAUAAAAUAAAUGUAUCACCAAAAUGGCUGUGUUGUCGGGAGAAUAUGACCUUUCUUCUUCUAUGCCUCCUUAAAUUUGUAAAAUGUGGUUUUUGAUAUUACACUUUAGGAGGUGAUUGUUUUUGACGUUUUGAUGCGUUCAUUAUCCUAGAUAUUUUGGAUCUCUUUCGGGUGAUUAACUCUUUAUAAUUUGAGAUUCGAAGUGUAUGAUUUUUAUGUGGCCGUUUUGGUCGUGGGAUACUGGAUAUGUAAGCCACCAUAUUCAGGAAUUGUUAUUUUAUUCCA